CAACACCAACAUAUGGUGAGUUUUAUCUUCCUCGAGCCAUCGUAUAAACUCGAAUUACAAUUAUUCAUGACGUCUGAGAAAGAUCGUGAUUGGUCUCUUGCGACACUCCCCAAAGAUCCGUUCAUCUUGUUCCUCAUUCACGUAAAAUAUGAACUGUUUUUCAGUUAGAUGAUCGACUUUUAAUUUCAGGGAAGAGUUCUCACUGAUUUGACCAGAUACCUGAGGACUGACAACUAACAAUGGUUGGGCUACCAGCUUUAGCGACAGAACCCACAUUGGCCAUUAAAGUCGUCAGUGCAGGUAGUGCAGCUUGUAUUGCUGAUAUCAUAACUUUCCCGCUAGAUGUCGCAAAAGUACGACUCCAGAUCCAGGGCGAGUCCACUGUUUCUCAAACAGUGAAACAAGUCAGCCAAUCCCUGCACAAACCAACCACCCCACGGUAUAAUGGAAUGCUUGGUACACUCUUCACUAUCGGAAAACAAGAAGGGCCGAAAAGUCUUUACAAUGGCCUUUGUGCAGGGCUCCAACGACAGAUGGCGUUUGCAUCAGUUCGUAUCGGACUUUACGAUUCCGUGAGGUCCUUCUACCAUCAAAAAUUGUCAGGUUCAAAUAAACAGUCUUCCUCCCCUGGUGUCACUGUCCGUAUUCUCGCUGGGAUUACCACAGGAGGAAUGGCUGUCAUGUGUGCUCAACCAACGGAUGUGGUGAAGGUGAGGAUGCAGGCCCAGGUUACGGGCACCCCUAAAAGAUACACAGGAACAAUACAGGCCUAUCGGCUGAUUGGACAACAGGAGGGAGUCAAAGGCCUCUGGAAAGGAACGUUACCAAACGUUACAAGAAAUGCUAUAGUGAACGCUUCGGAACUAGUGGCUUAUGAUUUGAUCAAGGAAGCCAUUCUGCGCCACCAGCUGAUGUCAGAUAACUCUCCAUGUCACUUCGUGUCUGCUUUCGGUGCGGGCUUCUGCGCCACAGUUGUGGCGUCGCCAGUAGACGUCGUCAAAACCCGUUACAUGAACUCCUAUAAGGGGCAGUACCUGGGAGCUGUGGAUUGUGCAAUGAAAAUGGCAAAGGAAGGGGGCCCUCUGGCGUUUUAUAAAGGUUUCAUGCCUUCCUUCAUCCGGUUGGGUUCCUGGAAUAUCUGCAUGUUUGUUACAUUUGAACAACUGAAACGACUCUUCGUGGCUAUGGGAGAGGGGCAGUUAUUGUCAGGCCCUAUUCCUUCUCCUGGCUACGCCCCCAUUUUCCAAUUCCUAGUGGAGCCGCCCUCAUCUCCCGCCAAACUCGACAGCAUCUACAAAAAACGCAUGAACCAGUGGGACAUCUAAGCUUAAUCUGAUCGAUUUAAUUAACGCAUGGUUUGUGUUUAAAAGAAGAAAUGAAUAGAUAUAAAUACGUCUUACAUGUCUGUUAAGCCGUCACUUAUUAAUCUGAUGUAAUAUAACUAUUUGAUUUACUUUUCAUCACAGAUUAUACAUCGGUGGUCUGAGCUGGUGUUAGUUACGUGGUUUAGCAUCUAAAAGUAAUUCGACCAGUUAGUUCUGUUGCGAAAGAAGGACGUAUUUACUAUUUUUACAAGUAAGAAAACAGCAAUAUAAUCAAAGCAUGCGUAGAACUUUGAUAUAGUUUAGGCCAACACUGUAAAAUUUCGAAUUGUGUUUUCACGAAAUUGUACAUACAAAUUAUUGAAAAAAAACAAACAAAAAAAAAAACAACAUUGCUACGGGCGAGACCGGUUGUAAAAUAAAAUAAUUUGUUUGACGAACUAAAAUUUCUCGAUGGAACGAGUGUAAAAUAAUGUUUGUUUGCAUCUGUCAUAUAAACACAUUAUAUUACAAAAUCUACUGAGAAUUCAAAGUCUGGGAUUGAUUGUUAUGCCUAUGUCACCUCUAAAUCUUAAGGAAACGUUGUAAUGACGAGAAAGUAAAUACAAUUGACGUAAAACUUCAUCUGGAUGUUAUCAUAAUAUUACUCAUGCAAUCUUAAGAUUACUUUCCUUAUGAUGAAUACUAUUAAGGAAAACGUAUAUCGAACAUAAGCAACGCAUUUUGUGAAAAAUGCUAGUAUUCAUAAGACAUCACAAAAAUCACUUACAUUAAAACAUGGCAUUUUUAUGCCUUUAGGUUUUGGUUUCGUUCCAUCUCAAUCUAAACAUCUUAAAGGACACAGAAGGUUCAACAAUUUGACUCACUGAACGGGUGAUGAACAUUCUGUAUAAAAUGUUUAUAAUUAUGUGUAAAUGUAAUAUGUAUUCAAUUUCCGUUGUCAAUAUGCAUGAAAUAAAGUAAAUUUUACACGUGA